AUGUGGAAGAGGCGGCUGACAACUAAUGACGACAAUUACGAAAUCCUGCAUGCUCGGCCGAAGCGUUGCAUCGCGCUGCUGGGGCUUUGCAGUCGCUAUUUUGAAUUAAUUGGUUCCUCCCUUCUCCACGGGCCAUAUGCUGCAGUAGACUUGGUGGGAGGAGAGACCAUGGCUCCGCACGGUACAAGGUAUUGCGUACCUGUUGGAGGCUUGACCAGGCAAGGCCGGUGCCAUCUCAAGACAAUCACGACUCACGACUCGAAGCUCACCAGCCUUGUUCCUGGGAGCGGGAACAGGCCGCAGGCCCAUGAACCAGCAUCUCAGACUCGCGACUCACUCAUCUAUGGACCGUCCCUUUACCAGCCCAGCGUGCCUCGCUACGGACCCUGCGGCCGGCCUCCAUACCUGGACUUUGAUUUCGGAGCCGGAACACCACUAUGGGAUAUUGGCUUGAGCCAUAAACUCCUACUCAAGGGCCUCGAGGUGCCCAUCUCAGACAAGGCGGGCGCAAGCCACCUACCAUGGGACGCAGUCAGGGUACGGCUACUUGCCGUUCCUGCCUUGCGAAGAAAUUUACCUACGCCAGGCGGUCGUGUGGCUGCAACGGCGCUCGACGGAUACGGAAUGCGCUCCGUCUACGGCUCCCGUUCCACUCAUCCGUCCCAGAUGCUGUCUCUAUUCCGCACUACCUACGUACACUAUGUCUCCUGUGUACGGCACUGCGGAGUACGAAUAUCAAUUUCUGCUUGCGCAACAAAGAAAUUCGACAUCACGGAAUCUUCAAACUCUGUUCCGCCUCCACUUGCCAUCAUCAACCCGGCCCUUUACUAUUCUUCACAAGACACACGGUACAACCACAGAAACCACGAGGCAGGAUUCGCCUCGCGGAAGGCAAGAGGCAACCUAGCAGCGAGUGGCCGUUGUUCCCUUCCCGCUGGCACCACCAACAAAGCCGUCCUGCUGAUCGCCUUCGCAAUCAAUUCGUCUCCUCGCUUCGGAGCCGUCAUCGUCGUCUGCUCCUACAUGCAUGUGGUUACGAAUACCUAUACAACUUUGACCCGACUGGAGAUGCCCUCCGAUCCCCACGUACACGAGGCUCGCACAGAUUUGAUCACAUUAUUCAUACUGCUCAAACGAACAACGUCCUACUGCAUCCAGCCAACAUCGAAGCAGACACACACUCGAUGGCUUGCGGAGUACGGAGGACUCUAUGCCAACCAGCCGUUGCUCUUUCAUGCUUCUCUUGAUUGA